AUGUCAUGUGAUGUUGUAAUUUGUACUGAGCCAAACUGUUCAAGUACUGACACAUUUCUAUGCGUGAAACAUUGUCAACGUUAUGUAUGCUUUGAACACUUACAAGAACAUCAUCGUAUUUAUGAACAAGAGAAGAAUGAUUUACCGAAGGAAUUUCGUCGAAAAAUUCAAAGACGAUUUGCUUUAUAUAAUAGACUCAUUGAUGAAAAAAAGCUCAAUGAACAAGAAAAACGCGAUAUCGAAAUAGCCUGUACAGAAAUACGACGCACAUAUGAACAGCGAAGGCAUGACUAUCAUCAAUUACAAACAGAAGCAACAUCUGUAAUUGAACCAAAAUCAACAAUAAACGAUUUAAAAAAAUAUUUAGAAAAAUUAGAUGUUGCCAUUGAACGUGAACAACAACGAGAACGUGUUUAUUCAGAUUCGAAUGCACCAGUUAAUAUUAAACUUGAACCCAAUGAAUUUAUCGAUAAUAUAAAUUUUAAUAAUCAAAUAACCAAUCAUGUACAUCAUCUUGCAUCAAAUUCUCUAGCGAACAGUACAAGUUUAUCAAUCGACAAUCAAGAUAAUAAAUCUGAAAAUUCAUUGGCAGAGGAAGGAGAACAUAUAGCGAACAGUACAAGUUUAUCAAUCGACAAUCAAGAUAAUAAAUCUGAAAAUUCAUUGGCAGAGGAAGGAGAACAUAGUGAUUUGAAUUUUAGUGAUAUUGGUGAAAAUGAUUCAGACUAUGAAGAUAAUCAUCGUCGAAGAGCGUCAAACAAUCAUUCAACAUCGUCAUCAUCAAAUAUAAAUCAAUCUAUAACGAUUUAUCGUGGUUUAUGUCCUUUAACGCGUUCAGGUGUCUUUGGUAUUCUUCCAACGCACAAUAUUCGUUUAUGUGAAGGAAAAUCAAGUUGUCUCUAUAAUCAUUUACAAAGUUUUCACCACAUAACGGCCUGUAGUGCAUAUAAAAUUUGUAAAGCUCUUUUCAAACAACGCGAUUCGUUAACAACCGUACUUUUUGGUGCAAAAGAUGUACUAUAUAAUAAAAAUUUUCAUGUGGCAUGUCCAUUUAAUCAAGAUUCAAAAAAUCCAUUUGAUUGCCAACCAAAAUAUAUAAUAAAAGCUCCAUGUUCAUCAAAAAUAUCACGUUUUGAUAUGCCAAGACAUUUACGCGAUGUUCAUCAUGUUUAUCGGAAUUGUGCUCUUAAAAUAGUGGCUGAAAUGCGACGUUGUUCAAAAAACUCCGAUACAAUGGAUAUGGCUAUAUUAAAUCGUAACGUUUUUGAUAAGCAUGAAAAUAUUAUUGAAUUAAUUGAUGAAAAACCUAAUACACAAACUGUCAAAAAGAUUAAACGAGAAAAAUAA